AUGGGUAGACGUCUCCUACCUGCAAAGCCAGCCACAACGGCUGGCAGGUCUCUCCCUGGGUGUGGCGAGAAGGACCUAGAAGGAGGUGGCAAGGGAGGCAGCCUCGUCACUCAACGGAUGCUGAGGCCAAGGCGCAGUUGCCAGGCAGAGGGACCGGCCAAGACUGAGUAGCGGGCCAUGGACUCCCGCGACGUGAAAGAAAAGGAGGAAAAUGGGGGAAAAGAGGAGGAGGGAGAGGAGGAGGAGGAAGAAGAAGAAGAAAUCUCUGCCUCCACACUGCGGAGCAAACCCCGACCUCUGCCCAUCUCAGCUAUGCCAGCUUUCAGCUACAUCCCGCCGCGGCGCCAGGGCCCCAAGGAGCUCAGCUACUUCAACCGCGAGUGCCAAACAGGGGUCAUCUCCCUCUAUGACUGUGUUUUUAAGAGGAGACUAGAUUAUAACCAGGAAUUACAUCGAGAUGACAGAGAGCACGCCAAAAACCUGGGGCUUCAUAUUAAUGAGGAGGAACAGGAAAGGACUGUGCCAGUACUGAUGUCCUCUUUCUAUGGGAAGCGCAUCAAUCAGCCCGUCGAGACCCUGAACAGAGGCCAGGGCCGUGUGAACCACGUGAAGACCGACUUCUACCGGAAGAACGACAUCCCCAGCAUCAAGGUGCCUGGCUUUGGGCACAUCUCUCCAGCCUGA